AUGCACCCCCUUCCCUCAGCCGCCGCGGUGCCCCGGCGUACGCAGGCCAGAGGAGGAAGCGGGCUUUGGCGGCUAGAGGCAGCAGCGGAAAACGCUGGGCGGAGGGGAGGGGAGGGGAGGGGGCCACAGGCUGCCCGGACGGCGCAAGCGCAUCGCGGCGAGGCGCGCACACAACCCGCAAUCCGGGGACCCGCGGGCGGCUUGUCCCUUCCCCCACCCCCAGCCGCCGCCGCCGCCGCCCGCGCUUCGCAACAAAGCCGGCUGCGGAGCCAUGGUCCACGCCGCCCGCCCGCGACCCCGCCGCCCCGCACGGUAGCCGGAACAUCUCUCCCUUACCAGCCUUCGCUUCCUGGUGCCCAGCUGUUAGGACCGUGUGUGACUUUGGCCUUCUACCGAGACAACAGAGAAACGCACAGCAACUCGCAUGGAGGAAUCGGCGAAAUGGCUCCGACCGCGGCGCGAGGGGGCGGGGCCAGCGAGCGAAAUUAACAGCUACAAAGGCAAAAAGAGGGUUGAGGAUAUAUGAAUAUAACAACUUUUAACUAGCUGACUAAUUAAAGAGAGG